AUGGAGUCACAAGCAAUAGCCCUUCCGCCUAUCGAUGAAGAAGAUGACGACGAACGAGUUGACGAUGAAGAGGAGGAGGCCCAUUUUGAUCCGGAAGCGACCGAAGAUCCGGAUCAUCUUAAGAACCUCCGUACCGGCGGGAAAUCGGUCCACACGAAGUCAGGGAAGAAGAUGAUGAAAGCAGUGAGAAUCGGCUCCGACCGCGAUGAAGUACGGGCUCUUCGAGCAGUUUACGUUCGAGACUUCGAAGAGUUGGAGAGGCGGCAUGACCGAUACGUUUGCGCCAACCUGGCGAAUUUUUCGAGAGAUGACUUAGAGGGUCAACGACAAUGGAUUCAAGCCGUCAUUUAUGACCAACAAAAGUUACUGGCAGACUGCGACAAGUACCUGCUCCUUACAAAACCUCAAUCGUCCGCUUCUGUUGCAACCCGAGCAUCGUCGAGACACAGCAGCGUAUCUUCCGCGCAGGCGAAAAUUCUGGAAGCUGAAAGAAAAGAGCAAGAAGCUCGACUCAAACUUCAACAAGCGGAGGAUGAGGCGAAACGUCAAGCGGAAGAAGACGAUUCUUUGAGAGAGCUGCAAGUUAGACAACGCCAAAUAGAUGCAGAUCGUGAACAGCGGAAGUUAAAGGACGAAAUGGAGCUGCAACAACUCACUGGCGCCAUCAUGCGGCAGCAGUUAGCCGACAUCACCGGUGCCGAUGGCGCGGCCAACGAAACACGAGCGAUGUCAACAUCGAGCGCUCCGUCUGGGUCUGUGAGAAGACGCACCUUGCUGCCGAGCAUUUUUAAUCAACCAGCGCCACUCAGUCAACCACCACCGGCAGAAAACGUGCAGACGACCAACACGGCUUAUCAUGUUCCGGCAGCUCCAGCGACUACAUUUCAACGCACGAUGGCUACACCCGCCGGAAGGCCCGCCGCAUUGUCGACUCCGUCGAUUGGGUUGACCCAGAAGUUGCUACCACCGGCCCGAUUAUUCGCGACACCCGUCCCGCCUAUAUCGACAGCACCGCCUUCAACCCCAAAACCAGGGAUCUUUUCGCAGAUGCGAGGCCUAGCCACGAGAAUUUUCACUCCCAGCAGCAGAACGAUGACACGAUCUUCUUCCGUGCCGACUCUUUCAGUACCCAGCAGCGUCAGCACCGGACAAACGACCAGCGUGACAAAUCCGACUUUCAUCACGCCUCUAUCAACGAGUAAUUUUGUCACGCCUCCGACGGCUAGCUUCGUCACGUCUGCAACGACUGGGUUUGUCUCACCUCCAACGACUCGUUUUGCCACGCCUCCGACGACUGGGUCUGUCACGCCGCCAACGACAACGAGUCAACCGGUCUCUGCAGCAGCUACGCAACCUACUAGCAAUGUCAGCUCAGCCCCCAGUCAACCUCCGGUUCAACCACCCGCUUCAUACCCGCCGAGCACGUCCUUUUCGGUGCCUUGGCCGUCAUGGAGAAACGCAGGACGAGCCACUAGUGGACUAAAUGUUCCACCGCCACAACCACCGACUUCAACAGUUGUGUCAAGCCGAAUCACUCAUACAAAUCCGCCUGGACAUGGGCCGUCAUCCGGAUUCGUACCGCCAUCAACCGCCGUGUCGCUCUCGAUGCCAUCCAGCGUUGGAACGACUUUUUUCCAUACUGGACAUGGAUCAUCAUCCGGAUUUGUGCCCCCAUCGACAGCAGUGACGUUCUCUAUGCCAUCCAGCGUUGGUGGAACGACCUAUUUUUCUACUGGCCUGAAUCACGGAACAAGUAUUGGCACGUCUAUUCCGGAUUCAUCAUACGGGCCGGCCUCAACGAAUACCUGCCCGCCGAUCACGUCGACCACGUAUAGCCACCGGCCGUCGUCGAUUCCUUUCCCAAGCAACGUGUACGCACCGCCUUUCGUGCCCAACUCGUCUGUGCCACCAGAGCCGCCGCCGAAUCCAUAUGGCCACGAUGGCGCGCCGGGAAUUUACACCCCGGACGAUUGGAUUCACACUCUCGGGACACCGUUCGCGACUAAAACCAGAUCCAGCGUUAAGCCCCCACGAAUGAAAGUGCCGAACUUUGACGGGGACCCACGCAACUGGCCGAUGUUCAUACAAAUGUUCAAGAUAUUCGUGCACGACGCUGUGAGCUCUGAUGCUGAACGCAUCGCUCAUUUACACGACGCCUUGACUCCCGAAAUCAGGAAGAACAUCGGAGGCGCUCUGCUGAAUCCCGGGCUCUACCAUCACGCGCUACACGAGUUACACAAACGUUACGGCAACCCACAGCUCGUCUCCCAGUCCUGCACAUCUUCAUUGCUCAAGCUGCAGCCAUUUAAGGAUAACGACUUCAACGCCCUUCGGGCAUUCUCGGCGAAUCUACAUUCCGUCGUGGCCACACUCCGCCUUGACGGAUAUGGAAUGGAGCUUCAUAGUCAUGCCACGCUGGCGCAACUGGUCGCCAAGCUCCCGCCUGCACUUAAAAGCCGCUGGGGAGAAAAGAGCUGGGCCAAACAGCCCCAGCUCUCGACAGUCGAAGAUUUAGACAAGUGGUUGGACGACGUCGCAAUGGCCGAACAUUCCAUUAGAGCAGGAGCGAUGGAAUCAUCCAGAUCCCGUGGCGACGCGCCGAAGGAAAGCAACAGAGGUGGCCGCCGUGAUCAAAGCAGCCACAACGUAUUCAACACAACAACCGAAAAUCGACCCGCGCAGCAGCCGGCAAAUCAACGACGCUGUCCUUGUUGCAACAGCACUGAUCAACAUCACCUCAAAAACUGCCGGAAAUUUAAAUCACUCACGGUUGAAAAACGAGCGAUCAUCGCCAAGGAAAAAGGCAUAUGUUUUCGCUGUCUUGGCCAUGAUCAUAUCGGACGAAAAUGUAGCCAAACGCAACGCUGCACUCAACCGGAUUGUGAUGGCGUUCACCAUCCUCUUCUUCACGGCGCUCCAAGGAUGUUCGCGAAAGAGCCGACACCACCGCCAGCUACAUUUUCGGGCUCAAUCUCCACUGCGAGCAGAGCAUACGCUGGAAAACGUACCAUGCUGCCGAUGGUGCCUAUUAUUCUGAGAGCCAACGGGAAGGAGAUCAAGCUGUACGCUCUUCUGGAUAAUGGAAGCGAAAUUUCCAUCGUCAAAAAGGAAAUUUCCGACCGUUUUGGACUGAAGGGCCGCCUUGAACGUGUGGUCACUAAUACAGUCGACGGAAGAGGCAAACCAGUCGACACGUUGAUCGUGAAUUUCGACAUUAUUUCACUGGAUCGGCGCUACACCUUCAACAUCGUCGACGCUCAAGUGAGAGAAACGUUCCGGCUCAACAAGCGAUCCAUCGACCUAGCAGCCCUUACCGAGAAGUGGCCUCACCUCGCACACGUCCCAAUUCAUUCCGCCCUGGAGGAAGAAAUCGCGAUAUUGAUUGGCCACGACCAUCCGGCGGCCAUCGAUAUUUUUGAAACCCGUAAAGAUCCCUUCCACCAGCGAGCUCCACGCGCCUAUUUAACGGCCUUUGGGUGGUGUAUCGGCGGACCAACAGGGACCGGAGGCGAAGCUGAGGUCAGCUCAUUCCAUGUGAGCUCGCUCGAAGACAGGUGCGAUCUCCAGCUGGAACAAUUCAUCGACGCGGACACCUUCGGUACAAAGCCUGACAUCGUCCAGCCUAUCAGCAAAGAAGAGGAGCGGGCGUGGAAUAUUUUGAAGAGUACGACUCAACAUAAUGGCGUCCGGUAUCAAUCCGGGCUUUUAUGGAAGACGGACGAACCGAACCUCCCCAAUAACUUCUUCGCCGUCCAGAGACGUCUUUUCAACCUCGAAUCGAAGUUUGGUAAAAUCGAAGGCCUGGCUGACAUCUACAAAAACGUGAUCAACACUUACGUCGAGUACAAACACGCCCGUAAGCUGACGCGGAAGGAGAUAGACGAAGGCCCGCCCGGGCGAACAUGGUACAACCCUCAUCAUCCCGUUUUCAACCCGAAUAAACCGGGAAAAUGCCGAGUGGUGUUCGACCUGUCCGCCAAGUGUCACGGAGUCUGCCUCAAUGACGUGCUCCUGAAAGGCCCGGAUCUACUCACCAGCCUCAUCGGCGUCUUAUUGCGAUUCCGGCAAUAUGAAUAUCCCGUGGUGGCAGACGUAGAAAAGAUGUUUCAUCAGGUGCUGGUGGCGCCAGCUGACGGGCCGGCAUUCCGCUUCUUGUGGCGCGAGCCAGGCUCUAAUCUUCCGCCAGACGUUUAUCAAAUGGAUGUUCACCUGUUCGGCGCAGUUUCGUCCCCGGCAGUCUGCUCUCACGCGCUUCAACAAGCUGCAAGGGACAGCGAUGACCCCAAAAAUUUGCUGCCGCAAAUUACACGCCAUUUCUACAUGGACAAUUGGCUCGUCUCCUUCCCUACCACGUCGGAAGCAAUCGAAACGGCUCAUCGUCUAACCGACGCCUUGAAGAAAGGCGGUUUUCCGCUUACGCAAUGGGCGACUUCCAGCGACGUUAUCCGACAUUCACUUCCGGGCCAGCAACAAGAGGCCAAACCUAUUAAUAUGGACCUGGACGCCGAACCAAUUGAAAGAACCUUAGGCCUCGUCUGGGAUUUUGGCCGCGAUGUGUUUGUCUUAGGAGCCACCGCGAAACCGGACGGACGGACCAAAAGAGAAUUAUUGAAAUCGAUUUUCAGUAUCUUUGAUCCGCUUGGAUUUUUGGCCCCGAUCGUGUUCCAGGCGAAAUUCCUAAUGCAAGACAUCUGGAGAUUAAAGUUCGAUUGGGACGACGAACUCAGUCAAGAAAUCCUCGAUCGCUGGAUUAGUUGGGCGAACGGCCUGCCAUCUCUAGACGGACUUGCCUUGAGCCGAUGCAUUUCACCUCAACGUAACGACGUGACUUCAGUCGAGCUCCAUUUAUUCGGCGACGCCUCCGAAAUGGGCUUUGGUGCCGUCGCCUAUGCUCGUUUCGUCUACCCGGAUGGAUCCGCCGAUGUCAAAUUCCUCAUUUCAAAAUCAAGAAUAGCCCCGCUGAAAUUCAUGACCAUCCCUCGCUUGGAGCUGAAUGCUGCCGUCCUAGCGGCCCGUCUAGGCGUCCAAGUGCGAAAGGAGCACGACAUCAUCUUUGAAAAAACGAUUUAUUGGUCUGAUUCGACUACCGUGUUAAGCUGGGUGAAAUCGCGAUCCUGCCGGUUCAACAACUAUGUCGGGAACCGGGUAGGAGAAAUCUUGGAGUCGUCCGCAUCCGAAGAUUGGAAUUAUGUGCCGAGCGCUGCCAAUCCCGCCGACGACGCCAGUCGCGGAUUAGACCCAGCCGAAUUUGACAUCCAGCACCGGUGGUUUUCUGGUCCCGAAUUUCUCAAAGUUUCGACCAACUGGCCAACUCUUCCGACUCUGCCGCCAGUGGAAGCUAGCGACCCGGAAAUCCGCGAAACCAUUUGGGUCGGCUUAACUCAACGUGAAACCGACGCAAUUGACCAGCUGAUCGUCAAUAGAUCAAAAAUCUAUAUCAUCGUCAACGCAGUCGCCUACGUGUUCCGGUUGAUCGGGAGAAAAAUCCGCAAGCGGCCAGGAAUCGGUGACCUUUGCCCAGAAGAGAUUGAAUACGCUCGAAAUUUCAUCUUUAAGCGCAUUCAAAGUAAUGUCUACCGUCAGGAAGUGGAAGAUUUACGGGCCGGCCGCGCGAUCGAAAAAUCUUCCGAUCUGAUCAAGCUCUCUCCAUACUUGGAUCCCAACGGAAUCAUGCGCGUCGGUGGAAGAAUCGACAAAGCGCCGCUUCCCCUCGACGCCCGCCAUCCGAUUAUUCUACCCAGGAAAGAACGCGUCACCGAACUUAUUCUGUCCCAGCUCCACCGCGAAAAUGCUCAUCUGAGCGCUGAACAGCUCCAUCACGAAGCUCGGAAGGAGUACUGGAUUCCAAAAGGCAGAAUGACUGCCAAACGGGUGUAUGAUUCAUGCUAUCUAUGCCGGAGAAAGAACGCUGCCGGAUGUACGCCAAAGAUGGCUGAUCUACCAGCCUUUCGCCUGACGUGUGGCCUGCCUCCUUUCACGAACACGGGAGUCGACUACUUCGGGCCCAUUGAAGUCAUCAUCUUUCGGCGAACUAUUAAACGCUGGGGCGUUUUAUUCACCUGCCUUGCCACUCGCUGCGUCCAUCUGGAGAUGGCGUACUCGCUCGACACGAGCUCAUUUAUCUCCGCUCUGGACCGAUUCCAGAAUCGACGCGGUGUACCAGCUUCACUUCACAGCGACAACGGCACGAAUUUCGUAGGUGCCCAGCGACAGUUAGCCGAAUGCCUCGACAACCUGAAUCAGUCUGCAAUCAUCACUCAUCUAAACCGGAAGCGGACAAAGUGGUAUUUCAACCCGCCAGCAGCGCCUCAUUUCGGUGGUGUGUGGGAGAGGAUGGUCCGAGCGGCGAAGGAGGCUCUUUCUGCCGUGUUGGGGCGUCAACGUUUGACGGAUGAGCUCUUAGUCACCACCCUCACUCACGUCGAAAAUGUGCUGAAUAGCCGAAAACUUACGCCUCCGAGCGACAACCCGACGGAUCCGGAAGCACUGACCCCGAACCACUUCCUACUCGGCCGGGCCAACCCGAACGUACCGCCCGACGUGUUUGGUGAAGACGAUUUGACUGCGCGGGAAAGGUGGAGAAUUGCUCAAGCUCUCAGCGACCAAUUUUGGCGACGCUGGAUGCGUGAAGUCAUUCCGAGUCUGACGGAACGAGCGAAGUGGCAUCAAGAUCACCCCAACCUGGAAGUCGGCGAUAUCGUCAUCAUUAUCGACCCGGCCAGCCCCCGCGGGACAUGGCCAACUGGACAAGUGAUUCAAGUUAUCGCUGGGCCGGACGGAAUUGUCCGCUCCGCGAUCGUCCAGUCAAACGGAGUCGAACGUCACCGCCCGUCUCACAAACUCUUUCUCCUCGAGUCCGUCCGUAUCCGUGAAGAUGCGCCUGUAACUACAGAGCGCAGGGCCGGCGAUGUUGGAAAGUCUAAGAUUCCCAAAGUUGUCAAUUUUUCUGACCCACUCGAAUCAAAGAAAAUCAAUCUGGCAACACCUGUAACGAGAGUAAGGGAAUCGGACAAGAAGGGAGGAGCCAAACCGAGAAGAUUAUUCACUUAA